AGAGAGAGAGAGAGAGAGAGAGAGAGAGAGAGAGAGAAACAGAGAGAGGGAGAGGGCGGAGAGCGCCGGUAGAGAGACGUCCAGUCGCAGCGGGAGAGAGAGGAGGUAGCCUCGAACAGGCCGCUCAGCAGUGGUCGGUAUGUAGCGGCGGAGCCUCUGCUCGGGAUUACAAACAGGACUACACGGACAACGCGCCUUUGGAUAACAGAAACCCUCCGCAGCGGGAUUAAAACCAACACCCAUCCGAGGAUGAGCCCCGGCCCGUCCGCCUGAAGGACCGCAGACAGCCUCCGUUACCCCGCAGACUGUCACCGCUUUUCACCCGAAAAUGGCGAACGAAUCCCCGGCCAAAAGUCUGGUGGAUAUAGACCUGGCAUCCCUGAGGGAUCCAGCUGGGAUUUUCGAGUUGGUGGAAGUGGUCGGAAAUGGAACCUAUGGACAAGUCUACAAGGGUCGACAUGUCAAGACGGGACAACUGGCCGCCAUCAAGGUCAUGGACGUCACCGAGGAUGAAGAGGAGGAGAUUAAGCUGGAAAUCAACAUGCUGAAGAAGUACUCCCACCACAGAAACAUAGCCACCUACUACGGAGCCUUCAUCAAGAAGAGUCCACCGGGACACGACGACCAGCUAUGGCUGGUGAUGGAGUUCUGCGGCGCCGGUUCCAUCACGGAUCUGGUGAAGAACACCAAAGGCAACACGCUGAAGGAGGACUGGAUCGCCUACAUCUCCAGAGAGAUCCUCAGGGGUUUAGCUCACCUUCACGCUCAUCACGUUAUCCACCGAGACAUCAAGGGGCAGAACGUUCUGCUGACGGAGAACGCUGAAGUCAAACUGGUGGACUUUGGUGUGAGCGCUCAGCUGGACCGGACGGUGGGUCGGAGGAACACCUUCAUCGGGACGCCGUACUGGAUGGCUCCAGAGGUCAUCGCCUGUGACGAGAACCCAGAUGCUACCUACGACUACAGGAGUGACCUGUGGUCCUGUGGAAUCACGGCUAUAGAGAUGGCUGAGGGAGCUCCACCUCUGUGUGACAUGCAUCCAAUGAGAGCCCUCUUCCUCAUUCCUAGAAACCCUCCUCCUCGACUCAAAUCCAAAAAAUGGUCGAAGAAGUUCUUCAGCUUCAUCGAGGGCUGCCUGGUGAAGAACUACACUCAGCGUCCUCCCACCGAGCAGCUGCUCAAACACCCGUACAUCCGGGACCAGCCCAACGAGAGGCAGGUCCGCAUCCAGCUCAAAGACCACAUCGACCGGACCAAGAAGAAGAGGGGCGAGAAGGAUGAGACAGAGUAUGAAUACAGUGGCAGUGAAGAAGAGGAGGAGGAGGCGUCUGAGCAGGAAGGAGAGCCAAGCUCCAUCGUCAACGUGCCGGGAGAGUCCACGCUCCGCCGCGACUUCAUCCGUCUGCAGCAGGAGAACAAGGAGCGCUCGGAGGCGCUGCGCCGCCAGCAGCUCCUCCAGGAGCAGCAGCUCCGCGAGCAGGAGGAGUACAAGCGCCAACUACUGGCCGAGAGGCAGAAACGCAUCGAGCAGCAGAAGGAGCAGAGGAGGCGGCUGGAGGAGCAACAACGGCGUGAGCGUGAGAUGAGGAGGCAGCAGGAGCGUGAGCAGCGCCGACGUGAACAAGAGGAGAAGAGACGGGUGGAGGAGAUGGAGCGACGCCGCAAAGAGGAGGAGGAGCGACGGAGGGCGGAGGAGGAGAAGAGGAGGGCCGACAGAGAACAGGAGUACAUCCGCCGUCAGCUGGAGGAGGAGCAGAGGCACCUGGAGAUCCUGCAGCAGCAGCUGCUCCACGAACAGGCCAUGCUGCUGGCGGACGAGCGUUACCGGAAGAACAUCCAGGGUUCUCCUCAGGCCGCUCAGACCAAACCGCCGCAGCCGCCGGUGCCACCGCGCUCCGAGUCCUCCUACCCCAACGGGAACCCGCCGCCCGAGGCUCCCGCCAUGCACCGGCCCGUGGAACCACAGGUUCCCGUAAGGACUACAUCAAGGUCCCCGGUGUUGUCAAGGCGAGACUCGCCUCAUCACCACGGCAACGCCCCACACGGCAGCCAUGCCGUGCACCGCCCCGUAGCCAGCGCUCCGGAGCCUCGGCUGCUGUGGGAGCGGGUGGAGAAACUGGUUCCCAGGCCGACCAGUAACAGCGGCAGCGGAGGCUCCAGUUCCUCCAGCAGCUCCAGUAACUCCAGCUCUCAGCCCGGUUCUCACUGCGGCUCUGGAGAGAGGUUCAGGGCCCGCUCCUCCUCCAAGUCAGAGGGCUCGCCCCUCCAACGGCCAGAGAAUGCUGGGAAAAAACCCGAGGAGAGGCGGGACUUGGUCAGGCCGAGCAGACCAGCGGACCUAACGGCGUUGGCCAAAGAGCUGCGAGCUGUGGAUGACGUUCGUCCCCCCAACAAGGUGACGGAUUACUCGUCCUCCAGUGAUGACUCAGACACCACUGAUGAAGAUGACGAUGAGGAGGUGGACCAGGAGGCCGGAGAAGAGUCGACCUCCGGCCCGGAGGACUCCAAAGCUGUUUCUUCCCGUCUGAGUAACGGAGAGACGGAGUCGGUGAAAACCAUGAUCGUCCACGACGAAGGAGAGAGCGACGCCGGCUCGACGCCGUGCAAAGACAGCACGCUGAUCGUCAGACAGAGUUCAGGUGACGGCAGAAAGCGUCCGAGCCCCGGCCCGGGUCAGGUCCAAACCCAGACCCCCCCGGUCUGCUCGCGGGCUUCGCCCGAGCCCCGGGUCGGUGUCGGGCCCUGGCCUCGGCCACCACACCCCCAGCCCCCCAACCAUCAUCAUCACCACCACCACAACCACCACCACCAUCACCCCCAACAGCACCCGGACAGGAACGGCUUUGCGGGCCGCAUCCACCACCUCCCAGACCUGAUCCAGCAGAGCCACCAUUCCUCCCCCUCCCCCUCCUCCUCCGCAUCCAGCUCCCCCUCCUCCUCCAGCCUCGCCAGCCCCUCCAGCAUGCCCCAGAGUCCACUGGACAAGCUCAGCAUCCUCAUAGAGAGUCAGUCUAGUAACAACAUGCAGAAACACAAGUCCUCCUCCUCCUUCACUCCGUUCAUCGACCCACGCCUCCUCCAGGUGUCUCCAUCCACCGGCAGCGCCCUCAACAACAUCGGCUACGGGAACGACGCCCGUCUGGCCGAGGCGCUGCGGGCCGACCCGUCCCGUAAAGGCUCCGUGGUCAACGUGAACCCGGUGAACACUCGCCCGCAGAGCGACACGCCGGAGAUCCGCAAGUACAAGAAGAGGUUCAACUCUGAGAUCCUGUGUGCUGCUCUCUGGGGCGUGAACCUGUUGGUGGGAACAGAGAGCGGUCUGAUGCUGCUGGAUCGCAGCGGUCAGGGGAAAGUUUACCCUCUGAUCAGCCGAAGGCGCUUCCAGCAGAUGGAUGUCCUGGAGGGACUCAACGUCCUGGUCACUAUUUCAGGUAAGAAGAACAAGCUCCGUGUUUACUACCUGUCCUGGCUGAGGAACAAGAUCCUCCACAACGACCCCGAGGUGGAGAAGAAACAGGGCUGGACCACCGUGGGAGACCUGGAGGGCUGCGUCCACUACAAUGUUGUGAAAUAUGAGAGGAUCAAGUUCUUGGUUCUGGCUCUGAAGAACUCAGUGGAGGUCUACGCCUGGGCCCCCAAACCCUACCACAAGUUCAUGGCCUUCAAGUCGUUCGGUGACCUGGUGCACAAGCCCCUGCUGGUGGACCUGACCGUGGAGGAGGGUCAGAGGUUAAAGGUCAUCUACGGUUCUGCUUCGGGCUUCCACGCUGUGGAUGUGGACUCCGGGGCCGUCUACGACAUCUACCUGCCUACACACAUCCAGACCCACAUCCAGUCCCACGCCAUCAUCAUCCUGCCCAACACCGACGGCAUCGAGCUGCUGGUGUGCUACGAGGACGAGGGCGUCUACGUCAACACGUACGGACGCAUCACCAAGGACGUGGUGCUGCAGUGGGGGGAGAUGCCGACCUCAGUGGCCUACAUCCGGUCCAACCAGAUCAUGGGUUGGGGAGAGAAGGCCAUAGAGAUCCGCUCGGUGGAGACCGGCCACCUGGACGGCGUGUUCAUGCACAAGAGAGCCCAGAGACUCAAGUUCCUCUGUGAAAGAAAUGACAAGGUGUUCUUCGCCUCCGUUCGGUCCGGAGGCUCCAGCCAGGUCUACUUCAUGACUCUGGGCCGAAGCAACCUGCUCAGCUGGUAGAGGUCCUCGCCCUCCUCCUCCUCUUCCUCCUCCUCCUCCUCAUCAUCCUCCACCCUUCGCUAACACUGGAUCUCAGAAACCCCACCGUCGAUGUCAUCGUCAGCCCUGGGAUAACCAAAAAAAAAAAAAAAAAAGAACAAACCCAACAACAGCAACCAGCCCACAGCGAUGACGUCGCCUUUAACUCUGGAGCUGCAGCUCCGGCGGGCGCCGCGCCAACAACCGCAGACCACGCCCCCUGAAAUACCUGAAGGGAUGAUUAAGAAAUAUAUCAAAAGAAAGUAGAAAUACAUUAAAUGUGAAUUAAAGAAAAGGGAGGGGCUGCUUUAGUUUCCCCUCUCGUGUUUUCUUGGUGCUCAUCAGCUUGCGAUGGGACAGAUUCUUUUUUUUCCUCUUCAUCAUUUCCGUGCUCCCGGGCCGGUCGGUCAGCUUGAGUACCUUCUAGUACUGCUACCACUAUUAUUACUACUACUGCUACUACCUUCUGCAGGUCUGUCAGAGAGCCCCCCCCUCUGCCCUGCGCUGUGCUCUUUCUCAUGAGUGUUUCAUGGGGCCGGUGUGGUGGGAGUCUGUUGUAUUAAUACUACAGUUGUGUGUAAAUGUACUUCUGUUUGACAUGCUGGUUGGAGGUGGAGGCCGUCGGUUGUGGGGUUGGAUUGUAAAAACCCAAAGAGAGCGUCUUCUGGAGGUGUGACGGAUGGGACUCGACAGGUGGGGGUGUGUGUGUCGUUGAAGUAUUGUGUUGUUUGGACAGGUGCUUUAAAAAAAGAAAAAUAAGAAUAAAAACGGGGGGAUGAUAGAGAGAGAAAGACGCUGAAGCAGAUGGAUUUCAGAAUAGUAUUUUUUGAAUUAUUACUAUUAUUAUUCCUUGAAGAUAAGUGUAACUAUGUGGAGUAAAACAUGUCUUUUACCUUUUCUUUUUUUUUUUUUAAGAUUUAUGCACAUCCAGCAACAGUUUGCUUGCUUUUACUCUGAACCCACAGAAGUAGGAGGCGUGUUUGUCUAAAGAAGAAGAAGGUGAUUAUGGGUGUGGUCCAAAAAAACCCAGAAGUUUAAAUGAAAAUAAAGGUGUCUAUGUACAAUAAAAGCUCAUUGAAUCUUCCAGAUAGUGUCAUGUUUCUCCCCCACCAGUCAAACAUGGCCGCUGAGCUCGACUCAGUACGUUGAACUGCUGUGAAUAGUCAGAUAUAAAAUGAAUAUAAUAGAUGAUAGUAGAGCGGGGCAGUAGAGGAGAAAGUUCAGUGUGUGUGUGUGUGUGUGUGAGGUCGGAGAGACAUUGAUGGAUGGAUUUUAGGUGGCAGAGAGGUAAACGCAUGGUCAGCAGGUUUUUUCUUUCUGGAAUCUUCCGACUCAUUUCUUUGUAUGAAUUCAACGCACUAAGUGUCAAGAAUGUAGAAAGACUUAUUACUGUUUGGUGGUCCGAGGCAUGAGAUGAUGUUUUAUUUUUAUUUUUUGCUUUGGUAUCUUGUCACAAGUGAUCAAUCCUAGAUGUUUGAAAGCUGCAGCAGCGGAGCCUCUACGUCAGGUGUAGAUAUUUUCACACGGAGAAAACGAGGAAAUCAAAAGCAACACUCAGACUCAACACUCAGAUUUCAGCGUUGCCGUGAUGAAAGUGUCACACGACAACAGAACCUUUCCUCACAAUCUCUGGAGACCCGCUUCUUCUUCUUCUUCUUCUUCUUCUUCUUCUUCUUCUUCUUCUUCUUCUUCUUCUUCUUCUUCUUCUUCUUCUUCUUCUUCUUCUUCCCGCUCCGGCUGAUAUUUAAGUUGUCUGUAUAUGUGAAAGAAAAAGACUGGGCAGCAAACUGCAGCAUCGCUCUCCUUCCGGACGUCGGCGGAGCUGGAUGUUGUCCUCCGUUUCCACAGCCAAACUCUGAAAGAUAACACAAUGCUCACUGAAAAAAGAGUGUCAAAUUUGUCCAAACAUGUUGACCUUGGGUGUGUUUUCCACCCGUGACGUUAACAACUACACACACAUGGGCUGUGUUUCUCACCAGUAACAGUUUCCUCCCGUCUUACAGAAGGCUGUUUGGACCCGUGGAUGCUGUCGUCUGAGCUCUGUGUGUGCAGUAGUGCCCAGUGUGUGUCUCUUAAUGCAUCAAGGCCUUGACCAGUGGCUCUAUUGGUUAUUAUUGAUAUUAAUGGGCUAAGAUAGGACGAGAUAUCGGUCGCUUGCUGACUCACAUUGGCAAAAGUGCCAAGAGGGCAGCAUUUCAAACUAUUGGUAUGAAAACCACUUGGAAAUCCUUUAAAAAAAAAAAAAAAAAAAAAAAAAAAAGAAUAAUCACUUGAAGCGUUGUGUGUUAAGUUUUAGAGCUAGUCGCAAAAGCUUAACGAUAGUUUCUGUAAGUUUCUGUACACGUAAACGGCCGCAGUGGUUUUUAAUAUUAUGACGCUCACUUUAGGUGGAGAACAUGUUUACAGAGGCGAUGUUUUUGUUACACUAACGUGCAUCACGAUAUUUAUGUUUUAAUGCAUAUGCGUCUUUAACUCUUUGUUUGUGAGCCUGGUUUUUAUUGGAUAUGUUUUUGGUCAUCUGCCCCACUAAAUAACCUUCUCACAAUAACAAUAAGGAACACACGUGUUGUUCAUUUCAGGUAUUCAUACAGCGCUGCUUCAACGUGGAGACAUUGCAGUGACGUUCUCUGCAGGCUUUGGAUGUGAGGUCGACGUGUUUAGUUUUUUUCCUCUGCUACUCUAACUUAUGUCCUCUCUGUGUAUGACAGGAAGUCCUGUAUUUUCCUGAAGGUUUUUUUUGUUUUGUUUUUCUUUGAAUAAACUUU